GGGCUGCUCGGGGUGUAGUGCAGCGGGCCGGCCGCGAUGGAGCCCUGGGCGGAGACGGGGGACGAGGGCGAGACCGUCCGGAUCACCGCCCAGCUGCUGAAGGCCAAGACGGGCGAGUUCGCCCUGGAGUCCAUCCUGCUGCUCAAGCUGCGGGGCCUGGGCAUCUCGGAGCUGGGCUGCCUGGGCGAGUGCACCAGCCUGGAGUGGCUGGACCUCUCCGGCAACGCCAUCUCCCACCUGGGCCCCCUGGCUGCCCUCAAGUCCCUGGCUGUCCUCAACCUCUCGGCCAACCGCGUCGGCAGCCUGGAGCCGCUCGGCGCCUGCGAGAGCCUGCAGAGCCUCAACGUAGCCGGCAACCUGCUGCGCAGCCUGCAGCAGCUGCAGUGCCUGGCGGGGCUGCGCCGGCUGGAGAGCCUGCGGCUGCACGACGCCCGGGCCCGCCUCAGCAACCCCGUCUGCGCCAGCGGAGCCUACCGCAGCGCCCUGGGGGACCUGCUCCCCGGCCUCAAGGCCAUCGACGGCGAGAGGCUCUCGGGCGCCAGCGAGCUCUACCAGCUCUGCAGGGACCUGGACAGCUCCCUGGAGCGGGGCGGCAGCGGCGGGGCGGGCAGCCUGGAGCCGCCGGGCGCGGCCCUGCCCUGGGUGGAGGAGGGCUACUGGGAGCGGAGGCCGGCUCGGCGCAGCUCCAUCAUGGAGGAGGCCUACAAGCAGUUCAACGACGUGCUGCAGGAGUGCCGGGAGCUGAGCGAGAGGGCGGCCGACACCAUCUCCCAGGCGGAGCGGGCCCUGAGCGUCCGCAGCGACCCCAGCUCCUACGUGUUCUGAGCCGCCCGCCGGGCACCACCUGCAGGGGUGAAGCUGGGGAUCUGCCUCCAGCGCCCAGCCCCACGGAGGCCCAUGCCUGAGUCCCCGCCUGCAAAGCCCCCUGCGCCCUAGUGGGGCUUUUCCAGAUCUCCCCACAGCACCUCACCAGUUCCCCUCGGGCCUCCGGUGAGUCUGCUCAGCCGCUGGCAUUGCCCCGGGGCUCAGGCUGCCCCCAGCUCCCUCCGCCCUGGGCUUAAUUCUCAGAUUGCUCCAGAGACAAUUCCACCAGCAGGCACCGUGCGGGCAGCUCAGGGCAAGCAGCCCCCCACCAACGGGCAGCGGCCCUGCCUGCUCAAUGGCUCGCUCCCUCGCUCCUUGGCCUCUCAGCUCACGGGGCCAGUGGGGGCCAGAGGCAGUGAUGGGUUUGGGGAGGGGACCCCCCGGUCCUUCCCUGUGAGUCUCCUUCCCGCAGGCGGCCUGCCAGCUGCCAGCAGGGCCCAGCGCUCAGUCCCUACCGGCCAGGUCCUGGGGGAACCAGUCCCUGUACCAGGAUAGCACCUUCCCUCUCCCAACCCAGUGCCUGUGCGAGAACCGGCUGGCUGACCCCGGUGGCAGAGAGGAGGAGCUGGCGGGGGGGGGGGGGAUCUGUAAU